AUGGAAAACUUGCCCUCUAGGUUACAGAACUCAAUAACCUUUGAGGAUGUGGCCAUGGACUUCACCCAGGAGGAGUGGGCAUUGCUGGAUUCAUCUCAGAGAAAACUGUACAGAGAUGUGAUGCUGGAGAACUAUAGAAACUUGGCUUCACUGGGACGUCAACUCAGAAAACCUCCUCUCAUCACCCAGAUGGAGCAGGAAGAUGAAAUGGAGAUAGUAGAGAGAAGAAUUCACCAAGAUACCUGUUCAGAUCAAAUCAAACAACCGCAGCAAAAACAAGGUAUUUUGGAGAACUACACACUCAAUGGCAAGAAGGAACAAACUCUUGGAGGCAAUCCCAUUCAAUGUAGUGAAAUUGAUGAAGCCUUGAGUGUGAAAUCCAGCAUUACUCAGAAUAAGAGAAUUUACUCUGGCAAGAAACCCCAUCAAUACCUUGACUCUGCAAAAGCCCUCAGAGAUUCUUCACAUCUUAAGCCACAUGAAGGAAUUCUUCCUCUGGAAAAAUCUUAUGAAUGUGAAAAAGAUGAAAAUGCCUCUAACUUAGCUGGGCACAAGAGACAACAUGCAGGGAAGACAUCCUAUGAAUGCAGUGACUGUGGGAAAGUCUUAAAUUCAAUCUCACACCUUAAGAAGCAUGAAAAAACUCACAUUAGAGAGAACCCUUUUGAGUGUAGUCAGUGUGGUGAAGUAUUACAGAGCCAUUCAUCCAUUAAGUUGCACAUGAGAACUCACACUGGAGAAAAACCGUUUAAGUGUGAUCAGUGCGGGAAAGCCUACAGCUCAAGCUCUUACCUUACACGUCACAAGAGAAUUCACACUGGGGAGAAGCCCUAUGAGUGCCACGACUGUGGAAAAACCUUUCGAGAUAGCUCACUUCUCAGACAACAUUCAGGGACUCAUUCAAGAGAAAAACCCUACAAAUGUGACUCCAUCAGUCCAGUACCUUGGUAG